ACAGGAUUACACAUGUCCAGUUGAGGAGGGGAAUUAAGUGUUACGUGUGACGAAAAUCUUUCUAAUCUCUGAUCUCUUGGAUUAUUCCUCCGAUGGUCAGGAUUUAGCCACUGGCAGCAGUUUUUGGACACAAAUUUACGCACCAAUUGUACGCGCUCAUAUUUUUCCCACCUGCAUUUGCAUGGUGGAUUAACACUUUUAAGCCUUUUUUGUGAUUUGUGCUCUUUUGUGGAUUAUUAAUGUACUCGCAUCAUGCUAAAAGAUGAUGAUCGUUUGUUCCCCAGAGCACGCAGCAGCCGUACAUUGAUUAAGAGCCAGAGACUUCCCACCGCGGUUGGCCCGAGCACCUGUUUAUUCUCCUGAGACACUUUGACCUGUUUUCCUCUCUAUUAACGCGCCGGUUGGGAUGGAGAGCGAGCUGAGACCCAGGCUCUGUUUCCUGACCAAAGGAGAGCAGGGCUAUGGGUUCCACCUGCAUGGGGAGAGGAAUAGAGGCGGGCAGUUCAUCCGCAAAGUGGAGCCCGGCUCUUCUUCUGACAUGGCCGGGCUGCGGCCAGGAGACCGGGUGGUGGAGGUGAACGGGGAGAAUGUGGAGAACGAAGGCCACCAUCAAGUGGUGGACCGUAUCCGCGAGGUGUCCCACCGCACCCGGCUGCUGGUGGUGGACAGAGAGACGGACGAACACCUCGGCAGCCGAGGCCUGGCCUGCACAGAGGACCUGGCCAUAGAGAUGGGAACCCUCUCCCCACAGCCCUCACCCGCUGCCACUCCUUCUACCUCACCUUUUCCUAGAGGGAACUCACCUAUGUCACCAAAACCCAACUACACACAAUCAUUUUUCCCCCCUGCUGCAGACUCGUCCAUCACACAAGACAAGGCCAAGAGGUUCUCGGUGACAUCAUGUACAGCAACAGACCCAGAGCUGCAGGAGCAUCCCUCCCCAGAGCCAUCCGUUGAGCUCUGUCCCCGCCUGUGUCACCUGGUGAAGGGGGAGAACGGCUACGGCUUCAACCUGCACAGCGACAAGAAGAAGGGGGGACAGUUUGUGCGCUCAGUGGACCCCGGAUCAGCUGCUGAGAGCGCGGACAUCAGACCUGGAGACAGAAUAGUGGAGGUGAACGGAAUGAACAUAUCCACCCUGAGACACUCAGAGGUGGUGGCACUCAUUAGAGAAGCAGGGGGGGAAGUGCGCUUCCUAGUGGUUGACCAGGAGACGUAUGAUUUAUUCCAAAGAAUUAGAAUCACACCCACUGUCAGCCAUGUCAAAGAGGUCUAUCUGGAGGAAUCGGUCACAGAAAGCAGCCCACCCACCCCCUCUCCGACCACUGAACUCCCCGCCACAGAACCACCAAUAAUAAACGUCACACUGACAGACUCCCCGAUCACAAAAACAUCUCCAAAUUCCAGGACCAAUGGGAGUUUAGCAUCCCAUUCCUCCAGAAGUUCCACCACCCAAUCAGAGAUCAGCAGCUCGGACAUGAGCAUCCAGGUCCACGAUGAGGACGACAGGCGUGUUUCGGAUCCUUUCAUGGAGAGCGGCCUGCGUCUGAGUCCCACAGCUGCUGAGGCAAAAAAAAAGGCCCUCAACAGUCGCAACAAGAAGAGAGCACCUACUAUGAACUGGAGUAAGAAACAAGAGAUCUUCAGUAGCUUCUGAUACCCGAACACAAGGAGAGAAGAGAAAAGAUGAACUGCAUGGAGGAACAAUGUUGGGGUACUUAACUGUUCAAAUUGUAAUGAACUGCACCUUGAUCUUGAAGAGGCAGUAAAAGAAAGCGUAAUAUGAAAAAGAAAGAAAUAUUUAUAGAGUUAUUGUGCUUAAAUAUUUUGCUCUGUGUAGAACUACAUAGUAAAAUAGCAUAUAGAAAUCUCUAGAUGCUUAUUUUACAGUAUAUUUCAUGCUAAAGACAUGUUCUAUGAGUGUGUCGGAGAUCCUAUGAUACACUGCAUUAAACACUAAUGAUAGGUAAACUCAUCACUACUAAUGUACCAGGUCAGAACACAGUGUUUCUCUUUAUUAAAUCAUAUUCAUAUCAUAGCCAUAGCAACUAAAACAGCCUCUGUGCACUCGGUCUGAGAUUUCUGUAGAUACGCUUUUCUGUUUUAGAUCAUUUUUUGAACUAAUGGUUUUGUGUCUUUUCAGUUUGUAAUGUGCAAAUUACAUCUGAGUCCCGGUGUAGUUAUUAUCACGUUUAGUUUUUUCAAUUUGAUGUAGGAUAUCAAUUUCAAAUGUAAAUACAGAGGAAAUGGAAGAGGCUAUUUAUGAAAUGUAUGAUGUUGGAUCACCUCAGUGCUUAUCUUCAAUGUUCAAGUGAUUUCUGUAAAGGAAUAUAUUUAAAGACGGAUGGUUGACUAUAGAACUGUAGACCCUCUGAUCUGUCAUUGUAGCUUUUUGAGGAUUUUUCUCUCAAAUGUGCUUGUUUGAAUGUGAAAUUAACGUUCAGAAUAAAUGCAUA